UUUUUACAAAACCGCAUAAAGUAUUACUACAGAGUAACUAGAGCAGAUAAUAACCUAUGAUUGUUUAGAUGAAAUAAAUAAUUAAAAUAAAAAAUGGAACCUGUUCACCGCCCCAUAAAAUCUAAGUCAAGAAAAACAGAACCUGACAAGAGUCUCUCACUACAUCCAUCUGAAUUCAAUUUUCCCCUUGAUAGAAAAGACAUUAUUAAUUUGGAGUCUCUUCGAGCAAUUAUUAGUCUAUCUUCGUGUCCGACGGGGUUAUCGAUUUUAAAACAGCAAUCGGAAAAAUGGGAAUCGGUGCUAAAAGCUUUGAUGGAAUUUCUCAGCAGCAACGAAGAUGAAAUUUCCACCUGCAGCAAUGAAGAAACAUUGCUGGCAUCACAUGCUUAUCUAUCGUUGCGACGUGCGCUUAUGCCAUCGCUCAAAGAAUUCGAGAAAAAACUACACGAGUAUUUAAAUCUGAAUGAGUCCAUGAAGAUUUUUCCCGAUCUAAAAACUAUAUUUUCAAUAAAUAAUUUGGAGCUAUUUAAGCACCUUAUCAUUCAUGGUUUCCUUCAAUUGGGAAACAGUCAUGUCAUUUCACUGGACGUUUAUCGGCACGCUUUUGAUUGUCUAUAUCCACACUGCAUCAGAUAUACCAGCUUUACCUACAUGUCUUUUCGAUUGUUAAGAUCAUGGAUGCGGCGCAUUGAAAAAACCGAUUUUUGGUCUAGUGAUGUCUGUCUCGACAUUGAAGAAAAAUUAGAGGCGAUCAUUUUUUCCAACUGGAACAAUGUCAUGUGCAAAUCAAGUUUUGUCAAAGUAUUUAAUCAAUAUUUACUUGCUAUGCAGUCAAAAUACGACGAUUACUUGGAAUACCUGUUUCACUGUUGCGUUGAUAAAAUCUCUUGGUGUCACGUGAGCAAAUACGCCAUACUCGCUGAAAUCUGCGUCUAUCUACCGAAUAUUGAUUUAAUGACCGAUUUUCAAUUCUUGUCAAAUCUUUUCAACAGUCUGACACUUGGCCACUUGAGCAGCGCCAGUACAAGAGUUUAUAGUAUCAUUUGCGGUCGAAUUGACAAAGACCGAUGGAAAUCGGCUUUUGGAGAACAUUUGAAAAAUUAUGUAAUUGAUUGGGAAGCCGAAAAAAAAUACUAUGCACUGCAAUCUCUCUGUAAAUUAUGGAUUAAGCCUAUUUUGAACAAGCAUCGAGAUCUUUUAGAUUUUUUGCUGCGCUGUUGUGACGAUAAAAGCGUAGUUUACCAAUCAUAUCUGCUGCGUUUUUCUGCGGGCUUUGGACUACCCCCAAUUCGUCUGAAGCUGGCCAACAACGUCACUUUUUUGGACCACGAAGAGGAAGUCGUUCGAUUGAACGCGUUCGCGGCUAAUUGCUGUCGAUCGGCUGUUAGCGUUGACGACACUGAUAUGGCUAACAUCAUCAAAACGAUUCAGCACUUCCUGUUCUUUAACGCCACUGCCGACACUACAUAUUUGCGGGAAGGAACAAUAGAUCAUUUUAAAAUCUUUUUGAUUAGUUUGUUAAAAAAGACAUCUGUGUGUCGGGACUCUCUGGUAACGCCUUUUCUAGGGUGGCUCCACGAAUUUUUUAUCGAUUGCUUCGAAAUCGGCUCUUGCUAUCAGCGCAAAAUACUCGGUUUGCAGCUUUACAAGGCAACUUUGAUGUUUCUACAUGGUGAUGUAGGUAUAUCCAAAGACCCAAAUCAUAAAGAGGCAGCAAAAUCAGGAGUUCAGUUGCAAACUCACAUGAAAGAUACGGGACAGUGGCGAUUUACUGAUCGCGAAACUAUAUCAUUACUAUUGAAAUUAAUUCUCGAUCCCGCUAGCGAUGUUAAAAAUUUAGCAACCGAUCUCGUUGUGACUUAUUUUAGCGCGGAUGUCAUCACGAUCGGGGAAAAAGCUAGUCUCUUUUCGAUAGCUUUGAAUCAUUGCAACUCUUAUAAAUUCUUCGAGAUAGACAGUGGAUCGCUGAUCAUGAAGGUACUAGUUCACUGGUUCCCACUGAACAGAAAUGAAAACAAAGAGGCUCUGAAACUCGAAAAAGAUUUUGAGUGUCAAGCUUCCAUCGCCAAGGCUCAGUUAUACUCCAAACUCUUGUUCGAAGAAGCCGGCCAUCAAUUGAUCAUGGCUAAGCGAGAUAUACUCAAAGCUGCUACGCAUCGUAUGCCAUUUUAUGGAGCUCUUACGGCUUUGUCGGUGAUAGCUUUCAAUAACGGCCCGGAGCAACAUUUGGUGACCGAUCAGUUUCUGAACGAAAUCAUGGGCUUAGUCGAGAAUGCUGCUAUAUAUUUUCUCAGCGCUUUUUCAGCCAAGACGCAUGGCGAUCUGCAAUUAACGAAAUUCGAUCGUCAAUAUUCGUCAUCUUUUCAAGAGAUGGGAAUAGCAAUCGAUGAAGCGAUCAAAAGCAGUGAAAUAAGCUACGAGUACGACGAGCUCGUUUUGUCGCCGGCACAGCAAACUGUCAUGACUUGUAUCUGGCGAUCGCUGAAGGUUCUUUGUGAACUGGCGGUAGAGGUAGCAAAACACGAGCUAGCCCAAGAUAAUACAAUUUAUUGCGCGAUGGAUAUAUUGGUGGCAGUCUUGAUGAAAUGCCGCCAGAAAGGUGUGAUCGAGUCCGCGGGAACGGCUAUCGGUAAGCUCACGCGGCUCGUUACUGAAACAGGCAGAGGAGUGGCUAGUUUGGACGGUUACCUGGAGAGUCUUUAUAACAGGGACUUUUUGGCGAGUAUCAAUUUAACUCGUAGAGGUGCUGGUUUAACAAUUAUGUUUCAUAAAAUCGUGGCCAACGACGUUCGUGGUGAACGGCCAAUGCUUCAAAGUGCAGUAUCCAAUUUAUCAAGAUCGCUAAGGAAAUCAACGAAAAACGAGCAAAAAGUGGCCAACAACUGCGAUGAUCCAUGCGCUUUGCAUUUGCACUUUUUCAAGACUCUGGUGGCCGACAAACAGCUACAAGCUGCAAUGAGCCCAUACCUCGAGGACAUAAGUUUACUCUGCUUCGAAUACUUGUCCUCGCCUUCCUUCACCAUCAGAAACGGGAGCUUGCAGCUGUUUGGCGCGAUAGUGUCCCGCUUGGUCGGACAAAACACCGCUGCCCGUAUCCUCGACUUUGGAUACGGCUACUCGCUCAACUACUUGACGACGCAUUUCCCGCGACUGGCUGCUUACAUCUUGCUCACUUUGCAGACCUGCUGUCAACAAUGGCAGCAAUAUCGCAGCGGCGAGAACGUCAUACACAUCCUGUCGUUGCUAUCGAAGCUCUUUGUGAGCGGCUGCGAGCUCAUGGAUGGAGGCGUGGGUACCUGCUACGUACGCCAGAUUCGCACUUGUUUGCUGUUCUUUUUCAAAAGUCCCAUUGCGCACGUGCGACAUCUGGCCGCGAAAGCUUACGUCGCCAGCAUCGGCAUUGCCGAUCUCGAGUUCGAAAUCAGCCAAAUCAAGGCUCAGCUCGUCGAGUUUUACGAUUUUAAUCAGCUCAACGGAUAUCUUCUGACGCUCGAAUACCUGUAUCAGAAACUCGAAGACGAACAGUUGAGUACCAGUGUCAAGCACACUAAGAUCAAGUUGCUCGGUGACGUACGUCGAAAUCUCCAAGUCCGUGAAAAAAACGAAACUCUGUGGAACUAUUGGACUCGCAGGGCUGAACUGACGUCUCGAAAAAAGCUCUGCUACAGCGUCGAAGCUCAAUUACUCAGGUUGUCGCGCAAAUUUUACUUGACUAUCAAAGACAAUCAAAACGAUUCGAACGAAAACUCCAAGUCGAGUUGCUUUCACGACAUCAAUGACAAGACAAGGCCUGGUUUUUUCGAAUUUGUCGACGAGCUAUCGAGCUUUUGCGUCGAUUACAUUCAACAAAACGAAGACUACGCUCUGAUAAAGAGCCUCUUGAGUGCUAAUUGCAUCGACUUUGCCACGAGUUUUUUCAAAUAUGCGCCCACGGACAAUCGUCACAUCUUGAUAAGCUGCAUCGAUCAUGUUACCGAAGGCUUUGACACGUUUCCGAUGCAACUGUUGGAUCGGUUGAACGUUUACUGCAACGAGUCCGUGAGAAAUGCAUUCACGAGCCGAUUGCUUGAGUUGCAGUACAUUGACAUCGCCAAAGUUAAAACGUUCGCCACGAAACUCGACUGCGUGAGUGAACGUUCUCAUAACGUUACAGAGCUUUUGAUACUCGUGCACGUUCUAUCGUCUCGAGGCUCUGGAAUUCUCGAUCUGUUCGAAGACUUGAUCAGUUGCAUUUACCGGAAAAAAGUGACUUUGGACAACUACUUCGAUUGUCCGGAACACUUGAGAUUACUCGUUGCGAAAGCUCUCGACGUUAUUCUUAGUAACUUCGCUCAGCUUGCGCCUAACUAUCGCGUGCAGCCUCUCCUGGCGGGCUUGACUUUAAUCAGAGACGAUAUCGAUAUUGUUCGACAAAUUACGCGCGAAAGUUUAAUCAACAAUGUCAUUUUAGCAUGUAAAUUGUCAAGAGCUAGAAUACAGCAUGAACUCGUACAUCCUGUUCUCAUGUUGAGUUUGAGCGCGAACAACGGUGUGUUGAAAGAUCUGAAUGCGGAGGAUGUUAGAGCCUUCUUUCGAGCUUAUCUAUCAACGAUUAAACCCCAAGAACAACAAAACUCCAUUUCUAGUGACGACAUCGACAGUCCUUUUGAUGAUAAUUGCGUUUUAUCUCACGCUGAAGAAACCAAAAUAAUCAAUUUCAUCGUGUUUUGCGUUCAACAAAAAAUAUGCAAUGGAAUGUUCACCAAACAGAGGAGUGUUUACGAGAGCAUCAGUUAUGAGGUGUUUGAUAUUAAGCACCAGUUGAUAGAAAAGAUGGAUAUUGAUUUAGGAAGUAUUCGCACAAUCAUGAGCAUCAAGUACAGUGAAUAUUUAAAACUAAAGCUCGACGUUGUUAACGAAAAGUAUUUAAAAAUCAAAUGAAUUAACAGAAAGUUUUUUAUUUCAAAUUUUAUUUAUUAUUAUAAUUUUUAUUAUUGAAUACUAUACAUAUAAGUGGAGAAUUUAUACAACAAAUCAAACUUUUGUCAAUCAUAGGUGAGAUUACAGAACUCAAGUUUUCUUAUCUUGUGCAAUCCUUAAUACAUCAGAUUUUUAUUAUGUAUUUGUUUCCGUAAAUGCAUACACAACUUAUAAAUGUAUCAAAUUUUAAUACGAUAAAUUCACCAAAGAUUGAAUGAAAUCAAGUUGUUAUAUUUUAAAAAAUUAUCCAAUUUAUGCUAUUUUCAUUUAUCUAUUUUAAUAAAUAAGAAUUAAUGAAGUUUUAUUAGUUAGACUUAGUAACAAUAGGAAUUCAGUAUAAUCUUAUGAUCAUAGUAUGUACAACGAUGUAUUUUUUUAACAUAAAAUAAUAAGAGCACAAUAGAAAUGCAACACAUAGCGACUUAAUAAAUUAUAUUUUUUGUCUUAUGAUUCUUAAUUCAUGUGUUUGAUAAUUCUUUUGAUAUAAAAUUGUAUAAUUCAAAAGAAUUUACGAGUGCGUGUAAUUUUGUAAUUCGACUAGUUGAAUAAAUGAAGUAAUUGAUAAUGCAUUAACUAACUGCAGUAGAGUUCAAAACACUUGUCAACCCUAUGUACUUACAAACUCAUCUUCAAAAAAAAAAAA